AUGCAGAUCUUCGCGACGCGCCCCGACGGCGGCGUGGUCUCUCUGGAUGUCGAUCGGGGCACGACGGUCGGCGCCCUCAGGAGCAUGAUGGAGGAGGAGGGCUGCCCUGCAGGCGACCACAGCCUGACGUUCCGCGGCCUGGCGCUGGAUGAUGACCACACUCUUGGCUUCUACGGCAUCGACCACCUCUGCAAUUUUCAGUCGUCUGUUCGCCUAAGGGGUGGGAUGAUGAUCAAGGUGAAGACUCUGACAGGGAAGGAGAUCGAAAUCGAUAUUGACCCAACAGACACCAUCCAGCGGAUAAAGGAACGUCUGGAAGAAAAGGAAGGCAUCCCACCUGUCCAGCAAAGGUUGAUUUUUGGAGGCAGGCAAUUGAGCGAUGAUAAGAAUGCAAAGGACUACAACAUCGAGGGAGGCUCUGUACUUCAUUUGGUGAGCUAG